UUUCCAUCAUGGCGGCUUCCAUUUCGGGCUACACCUUCAGCGCUGUGUGUUUCCACAGCGCCAACAGCAACGCCGACCACGAAGGAUUUUUGCUGGGAGAGGACAGAAAGAGAAAAAAUUGGAAGGAGAGACGUUCAGAGGGAGAAAGCAAAGGGCAGAGAUACACAUGGAGGGCAAAGGAAGGGAGCAAAGCGACCAGCACCUCCCACACGCCGGACUUCUGUUCCCCAAACCACAGUCCAGGCCUCUGCCUUCCUUCUCAGCCCCAAACCCUUCCACCUGAUGGCAGUUUUUACGACUAUGCAAGCAAAGUUAAUGAGGAGAGCUUGGACAGGAUUCUUAAAGAUCGGAGAAAGAAAGUUAUUGGGUGGUACAGAUUCCGGCGAAACACACAGCAGCAGAUGUCGUACAGAGAGCAGGUUAUCCAUAAGCAGCUCACCCGCAUCCUUGGGGUGCCCGACCUCGUCUUCCUUCUCUUCAGCUUCAUCUCCACCGCCAACAAUUCCACUCAUGCUUUAGAAUACGUUCUCUUUAGACCAAAUCGAAGGUAUAAUCAGAGGAUAUCCCUUGCUAUUCCCAAUCUAGGCAAUACUAGCCAGCAAGAGUAUAAAGUGUCUUCAGUGCCAAAUACUUCUCAGAGUUAUGCCAAAGUUAUUAAAGAACAUGGUACUGACUUUUUUGACAAGGAUGGAGUAAUGAAAGACAUCAGGGCAAUUUAUCAGGUUUAUAAUGCACUUCAGGAGAAAGUGCAGGCAGUGUGUGCAGACGUAGAAAAGAGUGAACGAAUUGUUGAAUCUUGUCAGGCGGAAGUGAACAAAUUAAGAAGACAAAUCACUCAGAGGAAGAAUGAAAAGGAACAAGAAAGAAGAUUGCAGCAGGCAAUGAUAAGCAGACAGAUGCCAUCUGAAAGUUUGGACCCCAUGUUCAGCCCUCGGAUGCCCUAUCCUGGGUUCGCAGCUGAAGGCAGAAGUAUGCUUGGAGACGCAGAGGCCUUGGAUCCUCCUCCCCCUUAUUCUGAUCUUCACCCAAAUAAUCAAGAAAGUACUCUGAGCCAUUCUCGCAUGGAAACUAGUGUCUUUAUGCCUCGACCUCAAGCCGUGGGCUCCUCCAGUUAUGCCUCCACCAGUGCUGGACUGAAAUAUCCUGGAAGUGAAGCAGGCCCUCCUCCUUCCCAAAGAGCAGCUGGAGACAGUGCCGAGGAAUCAGACGACAGUGAUUAUGAAAAUUUGAUUGACCCUACAGAGCCCUCUAAUAGCAAAUACUCACAUUCAAGGGAUUCUCGACCCAUGACACAUCCCGACGGGGGCUCCAGGAACACUCAGACCUCCCAGAUUUAACUAAACAAAAGAAACUCUCCACUUAGCACUGUUUUCCUUAAUUGCUUAUUGAGAGUUUUUUGAGGACUUAAUCUGGGGGGAGUACUGCUUUCUCGGACCCCUGAACUCCCCAAGACGAGAGUUUUUGGGUUCAGAACUUGUAAGAACCUCACACCCACGGGUCCUCACCUGCGGACUCAGUGUGCAGGUUUCACGACAGAAUCAUUAAGAUAAUCAAAUUGUCCUAAUUCUGGUGCGAUUCAUGGAUGUACUGGUAAAUUUAGGCAAAGAUAAACUUAUCAACGUAGUGUCUGUUCUUUAAAAUAAAUUGGAAAUUAGAGACUAAGCACAAUUAGUCUAUAAAUGUUCUAUAAAUCAAAACCUUACCUCUUGCACUAUCAUGCCUUGAAAUUUACUUUUUUCAAAGGGAAACUAGUUUAGCAGCAGCCUUCAGAGAACCUUCUUUCUAUGAUGAGCCGAAAUCAUCUUUGCCAGAAAGGAAAUUUUGGUAAUUCCAAGAAGCCUGAUUGGAACAAAUGAGAUGUACCUUCUUUUGUCUGCAUGACUUUGUGAGAUCGAAAGAGAGGGCUUUGUUUCAACUUUUCCUACUAGCCUGUUAUGUACUGUCACUUAAAAUGGUUGCCUUU